UCUCUGUCCUCUCUAUACAUACCCCCUUACCAUGAGACAUCUUUCCUCACACCCUCCAUUCCCAAAUAACCAAAUCCCAAAAGAAAAAAUAUAUAUAUGGGUUCCCUCCCUCAAAUAGUAGAAGAUUGCAUGGGAGUUCUCCAAGUCUUUAGCGACGGUUCGAUCAAACGCUGCUCCUUAACGGACAUAAACGUCAACAUUCCUGUCAUUGACGACGGCUCCGUGGCCUUCAAAGACAUAAUUUUCGACACAAAACAUAAACUUUCCCUCCGUUUAUACAAACCCAAAUCAGCAAACCUCAAUUCCAAGCUCCCCGUGGUCUUCUACUUCCACGGUGGCGGCUUCUGCGUUGGCUCGCACGUGUGGCCAAAUUGCCACAACUGCUGCAUCCGCCUAUCUUCCGGGCUCCAGGCACUUGUCGUGGCCCCGGGCUACAGGCUCGCUCCAGAGCAUAAGCUUCCGGCUGCGAUUGAUGAUGCAGUGAGUGCAGUGGAGUGGCUGCAAAAGGAGGCAUUGGGUGAGAGCACGAAUGAUGCAUGGAUUGGUGGUACGGCUGACUUGAAUCGGGUUUUUGUAUUGGGUGACUCUUCAGGUGGGAAUAUGGCCCACCACCUGGCGGUUCGGCUUGGGAUGGGGUCUGUCAAGGCGGCUCCGGUUAGGGUACGGGGGUAUGUGCUCCUAGCGCCAUUUUUUGGUGGGGUGGAGAGGACAAAGUCAGAGGAAGGUCCUUGUGAGGCAUUGCUAACUUUGGAAAUACUUGACAGAUUUUGGAGGCUUUCAAUGCCAGCAGAAGAAACCAGAGACAAUCCAAUGGUCAACCCGUUUGGACCGAACAGUCCAAACCUUGAGAAGGUGGCCCUUGAUCCCAUUUUGGUUGUCGUGGGUGGCAAUGAAUUGUUGAAAGAUAGGGUGGAGAGUUACUGGAAAAAGUUAAAAGAUUUGGGAAAGAAAAUUGAGUAUGUCGAAUUUGAAGGACAGGAACAUGGCUUUUUAACGAAUGAUCCAUACUCAGAAGUCUCGAAUGAAGCUUUGCAAGUUAUUAAAAGAUUUAUGACUGAAACCUGCAACUGAAUAAGGAAUUAAUCACCAUGCAUGUGAUAUAUUGUUGGAUCAGUUUCCAGCUAUAGCUCUUUAAUUUAUUCUGAAGUGUUUGAGCUUGUAUGUUUAUAGACAAGAAUUUGAAGUUAGCACCUUGCUUUUUUAAUUUUUUCCUUCUGAAUCUGAUCAAGCUAUUAGUAUAUAUUAAUGAUGAAAAGUUAUAUUUAUGGUUAUUACUAUAA